AUGGAAACUGAUAUUAUUGAAGAUGAACACAAUGAUAAUGAUGAUGAACUUAUUUUACCAUUAGAUAUACUUUCGGAUAAUGAAGAAACUCAACCAAUAAAUAAUAUUCAAACAGAUGAUAAUGAUAAUCAACAUGUUGAAUCAUAUGAACGUUUACCACGUUCAUCAUUUAAUAAUACAAAUCAACAACGACCAUUAUACCCAAUGGAAACUGAUCGAGGACAAUUAAUUGCUCAAUCAACACCAAUAAUGAAUCAAGAAGGUGAAGAAAAUGAAGAAAAAGAAAAAGACGAAGAUGAAGAACAAACAUCAUCAUCAUCUCCUCCUUCACAGCCAACAAAACCUGUUUCAUUUGUUGAAGUAAUGGCUGAAUGUGAAAAAAAAUUAAAUGAAACAAAACAAACAAUAGUUACUUUAUGUGAUUUAAUUAUGAAAAAUCCUUAUGAAGAAAUAUCAAAUUUAAAAGAAUCACUUGAAUUAUUUCGUGAUAUUGUACCUGGUUAUCGUAUACGUUCAUUAAAAGAACAAACAAAAGAUGAAAAUGAUGAAAUUAAAAAAAUCACAAGGAAAUUUUAUCAAAAGAUGUUGAGUCUUCUAGAUAAUCAUUUAACAAAAAAUAAACAUAAACAAAUUAAAACAAUUGAACCAUCAAAACUUAAUCUUGGAUAUUUAGCUAUUCAAUGUUUAUGUAAAUUAUUAACUUAUUUACAUCAUUUUAAUUUUAGAAGGAAUUUACAUAAUGUUGUUAUUCAAUAUACGACUAGUAGUAUUAUACGUGCUCAAUCGGCAUCACCACAUAAUACACGAGUAUAUGCUUGCUUAGUUUCAGUUAUCAAUGCAUUUAUUAAUAUAGUUGGCGAUUAUAUUAGCAAAAAAACAAUAAUAUCAUUUUGUCGAUCAUAUGAAGAUAAUGAUAAAGCCAUAUGCUUCUCGACAAUAAAAUUUAUUGCACAUUUGAUAAAUCAAAAUGUCUUACACGAAUUUACUGCUUUCGAAAUAUUAAUUUUUUUACUCAAAAAUCCCUCCGAUGAUGAUGUUGAAUUAGCUAUUGAAUUCGUCAAAGAAUGUGGACAAAAAUUAUCUCAGGUUAAUCCACAAGAUCAAUUUAAAGAAAAUCCAUCGAUUGCACCUGGUCUUAAUUUAGCCGAUAAAAAUAAUCAAUAUACACAUAUGAUUACAUUCCAUACAUUUGAAACUAAACCAUUAUUUGAAGUAUUUAAUUAUGAUAAAAAAUAUGAAGAACAUGAAGAACAAUAUAAUGUUAUUAAAGAAAUGUUUUUUCAUAAAAGUGGUGAUGAUGAAAAUAAAUCAAAUUCAUCUAUUAAUAAUGAUAAAGGUGAUAGAAAAAAUGCUGACGUUGAUGAAGAGAAAAAAAAACAAGAAACAGUUAUUGACGAAAAAGAAACAAAUUUACCAGAAAUUCGUAUAAAUCUGUAUAAGAUGAUUAGGGAAAAUAAUGAACCUCAAGAUUGUGCAAAGAAAUUACUUGAACUGCAUUUACGUCCUGCACAAGAAGCAUUUCGCGGUAUUCGUUUUACUGAAUUAAAGACAACAUCAUCAAGAGGUGUUUAUAUUAAAAAUUUAUUUUGCCAUGAAAUGGAUGCAAUUGAAAUGAAAAAAUAUUUAAAAGAAUGUUAUGGUCCAAGAGAAGGACGUCGUGAAUAUGAUAAAUAUGAAGAAGAAGAUCAAAUCCCUGAUUAA